CGCUUUGCAGUCUCGGUCGUCUCGUCUCUUGCAAAUCUGCCAUUGGAUUUUGGCGACUACAAGACUUUGAAGAUGGAUUGUAACCUCGGUUCCACGCCGAUCACAUUCAGAUGGAGGAGUUUCAGUUCCGGCAACUUCUCCGACGUCUUUGUUCGUGCUAUGGGCUCAACGUAUCGCCUCCAUCGCCUUAUCCUCUCCCGCAGCUCUUACUUUCAGGUUUUGCUCGCCGCUUCACCUUGGGCACAAAAUUCAACGGUUUGUUUCAUUUGGCUUCCGUUGGUGGCUGCUGCGAUGGUAUGUGGGUGGAAUUUGGAAGUUCGAUUAGAGAUUCAGUGGAAUGCUAUGAGUUUAGAAUUUGUUUUUUCUGGAAUUGCCCCCCUUUUGUGUGUUUGGAGAGUUGCGGGAAACUGAGAAGAGAAUUGAUGUUGUGGUAUUAUCCAUUUUUCUUAGUUGCCAUGACCCAAUUAGGAGUCGAUUUGACGCGGCUUGCUUGUCCUGAUUCGCGAUAUAUACAUGCUGUGUGGCAAUUCUUGUUAUGAAGUUGAUACCCUUCUAUUGUUAUGCUUAGGAUGGCAAUUUCGACCUAUGGAUGACCUUUCUCCGAAGACAAAACUGCUAGGGAGCCCAGCAUCUGCUGGGAUCAAUGUACUGUAUCUCUUUCACCAUCCCUCGUCUCAGUCGUCUGUCUUCUACUUCUUCUUCUUCCACUUUAGAGGUUACAGUUUAUUUGGAAAACCCAGAAUCUAAAAAUGGGCAGACCAUUUCAUUUGCAGGGAUCAAAUGCAAUGUUGCUUCUGCUGGUGGUGGUACUACCGGUGGAUCCAGCCGCCAAGAAACCGGCGUUUGUAGGUGUGGGAACAACACUAGCAGCGCCCCUCUUGCUUAUUGCAACCCUCGUGGGAAGAAGCAAUCUCCUCCUAUACAUUCCUCCACCACUGCAAUGAAAGAAGAAACCAAGGGUAAGAAGUCUACUCCGCCACCACAGUGGGGGGCGGAGUCUGGUUCAGCUUGGUCAUUGUCUCAAGGGGAUCAAAAACUCCGUCGAUGCAUUGACAUUGUACAAGUUCCAUGAUCCAGAGCUGGCCACCAGCCACUUCAGCGGAUCUAACAGGAUGAAACGCUCAGCCUGCGAGGGAUCCUUUAAUGGACAUACUGUGCAGUGGUGAAGGUGAUGAAAAGUGAUCUCUCUGCAUCCCCCGAGAUCAACGUUCUGAAGACAAUUAGUUACUCCAACACCAUCCACCUCUCUGGGUUUUGCGUCAAUGAUGUCACCACCCCCACCUAUCUUGUUAAUGACUAUGCCGAGAAUGGUGCUCUCUCCGAGUAUAUUUUUUUUGGCCCUGGUAAGACAAAGCAGCCUCGGUAGCUGCUGCAACAAGAAACACUCACCUUGAAGCAGAGGGAGAAGAUAACGAACGAUGUUGCAGAAGCCCUCAACUCUCUCCACAGCUACGCUGACCCUCCCUUCCAUCCACAAGAACUCGAAGACUGGCAAAACAUCCACUUGGAUGCUGACUUGCGAGCCAAGGUAACGAACUUUGGAUUGGCCAGAGCCUCGGCGUUUGAGGAGAACGGGAAUGGAGAUGUAGGAGCAUCACAAUUAACAAGGCACGUUGUUGGGGAACAAGUCAGAGAGGAGCACCUGUAGCCGCCCACACCAAAUCCUCCGCCACUUGUGCUACAGUGCUCGGAGAAAGUUGUGAGCUUUUCCUGUUUUCAAUCAUUUUAGAUUUAGAUUGGAAGAAUAUAUUAAAGGGGACAGAGAUUAAAAUAAGGAGGGAGCAGAUGGAGGUUUGUGGGGAGGCCGGAAAACGACGCGAAGUCUGCGGAUUGAUGCUUUUCUCCUCCUCCGAGCUGAUGAGCUGUCUGGUUCCUGCCUGAAAAUAUUGUUUGGGAUGUAUGUACAUCUUUGUCUUGUUAUUAUAGUAUGGAGCAAAGCAAAUCCAACUACUCUCUACUCUUCUUGUCCUCUGUUUCUUGCAACAAGCAAUUCCUCCUGAACCUGAUUCCUAUUCGGUGCCACCAGUUAGCGUGUAUGAUUGCCGAGCUCUUCAACUCGCCGAUCUGGUGAAACUUGUUAUGGACAGAGCGAUGUACUCGUACGAGAAUGGAGUGGUGAUGACGAGAGACCCAAAGCCGCGGCUGAGGUGGACGGCGGAUCUUCACGAUCGUUUCGUUGAUGCUGUUACCAAGCUGGGUGGCCCUGAAAAGGCGACGCCCAAGUCAGUACUGAGAUUGAUGGGGCUGAAAGGUCUGACAUUGUACCACUUGAAAAGUCAUUUACAGAAGUACAGGCUGGGACAGCAGCAGACAAAGAAACACUGCGACAGCCCAGAACAGAGGACCAGAGAGAUUCAUACUCGUAAUGGAUCUUCUCCAUACAUACAUUUCAACAACCAUUCCUCAGGUGGUGGUGCAGCAAGUGCCACUUCUUCCAUUUCUUCCAGAGAUACUGCUGAGCCGGGAGAGCUCCAGAUCACUGAUGCGUUGAAAUCCCAGGUAGAGGUGCAGCAGAAGCUGCAGGUGAGAAUAGAGGCACAAGGGAAGUACUUGCAAGGGAUACUCGAGAAAGCGCAGAAAAGCUUAACCACGGCGAUGACAAGCAGUGGGAAUGUGGACGUGGCGAGGGCUCAAUUAACCGACUUCAAUCUGGCUCUCUCCACCUUGAUUCACAACUUGAACGCAACAUCAGAAGAGGAGGAAGAAGAAGAAGAAAGGAAACACCACAACUUACAGCAGCAACAAGAAGAGGAAGCCGAUGGUAUGAAACAUCUGUAUAUUAACACUAGGGCUCAUCGUCACACGAAUUUGGGAAGUAGCUUCCAUGUGGAGGGAUCAUUGGGGCCACUUGACGAUGAGGAGAGUGUUCUCAAGUUGGAUAUGGAAGGUGGCAUUAGUCGUUAUACUAACAGAAACACUCUUGUUUCUGCUAAUGCUAACACUAUUAGUAACAGCCAUGGGUUUGAGUUGGAACUAAGGAUGCUGCCUUAUGGGUUAUCAUAAUCAAAUCAUUUAUGAAGGUUAGGUGAAAAAUUACAGGGAAAGUAGAGAGAAGUUAUACUCCAAGAGUCGCCUAAUGCUAAUUGCAUUGUCCAAAAGUUCGUUCAUAUUAUAUACUGUGGAACAAUGCAUUCCUUUAUUCAGCGGUUGAGAAUCCAUUUCCAUUAACGUGAGGGGUGAGAGGAGAGAGAGCUCAGCAGGCGGUGUACUUCUUCACAUCUGCAACAGCUAAAGCAGGAUAGAUAGCUGAUCAAGUAGAGCUCACGAUGAUCAAAUAACCGGAUAAUUGAUUAACCAGCUUGUUAGAUCUCGGAAAAUUACGUGGAAUAAAAGAAAAAUUCACUACGAUUGGAUAACCGAGCACAAAAUUACGUUCGUUUGAGGUUUCAGCCAAAAACUACAUCACUUCGAUUGUUAGGGGCUGUGACGGUUCUUUUCUUUUUUAAAUUAAAAUUGUUGGGGGUACCGCUAAUCUGUCUAGGUCGGCCAGAGAACUACGGCUACCCUCUACGGUUAUUUCACAAAAUGAAAUCGGCAGCACCCUUGCGGUUCUUUUGUAAACCGCCAUCGGGAGAUGCGGUCUUUUUGAAAGGAUGAUAUGAAUGAAUUUUUUUUUUUGGAAAUGAUUGUUUUUUUUUUUUUGUGGAACUUUUUAGUUUUUGAUUGGUAUAUUGAGAAAAAAUCUCAAAAUAGGAAAAUAAAUAAAAAUAGAACAUCUUG